GACAGAGAAACAUACACACACAGACAGAGGAGAGAGACAGACAGAGAGACAGAGAGACAGAGAGACAGAGAGACAGAGAGACAGAGAGACAGAAAGACAGAGAGAGAGACAGAGAGGAUCAUGGCUGACAUCCAUCAUUCAUUUUUUGGAUUGCUUGUGACCGUUUUGUACCUACUAACAGGUGUCAGUGGAGAAACUCUCUCUAUGUUCUCCAGAAUGGGAGAUGAUGUCAGUCUGCCGUGUAACAAUGUGGUUCAUCCAGACUGCUCCUCUACUACAUGGAUCUAUAACAGAGCUGGAUCUACUGGUACUAUUCAAGAGGUCACAUCGGGGAAGAUCAAAGUUGACGAGACAGAGAGAGCAGACAGACUGAGUUUAGGGUCUGACUGUUACCUAAAUGUUAGUGAUGUCAGAGCUGAAGAUGCUGGACUCUACACCUGUCGACAAUACCUUACAGAGAAUGGACCACAACAUGAAGGUGAAGCUAAAGUUGAUCUGUCUGUUCUAACUAUCUCCUCUACCACAGCAGUGACAGAUCUGAAGCCUAAUGUUAAAAUAACAUUACGGUGUUCUCUGCUCACCGAUACGCAACAUGGAACGUGCUGGUCAGGAUUUAGUCUCAGCUGGGGCCCUAAAACAGGUACUAAAGCCCAGGUCACACAGAAUUCUUCCUGUGACAUCACUCUGACUGUGACACUCCAGAAGGAGGACAACAACAGGAAGUGGACGUGCACACUGACUGAAAAGGGAAACAUGAAGAUCUCCAUUGACUUCACCUCCACAUUCUCAGUCGUCUCAGGCUCUCAGGACCUCUUCCUUACGGUGACUGUAGGAGUGGCUUUGGCAGCAGCGGUGUGUGUCACUGCUGUUGUCAUCAUAGUACGCAGGAGGAGAGACAAGAAUCAAGUGCCAACUGAUAACAGCAUUGGUCUGAAUGCAGUAAACCACUCCACCCCACCAACCAAUGAGGACAAGAGUCAACCUGCUGACAGAAUCACCUAUGCCUCCAUUGACCACUUCAAUCAAAAUCCCCCUCAUAGAGUUAACGCCAACAGUAAAGAUGCAGUGAUGUAUGCCUCAGUUAUGCCCUCUUCUGGCAGAGGGAGAGAGACAGAGAACCCUGCUGACCCCAGCUCCCUCUACUCCACUGUCAAAUAACCUCAGGGAGACAAGUCAUCAAUAUAUAUAUAUCAAUAUAUAUAUAUAUAUAUAUAUAUAUAUAUAUAAAGACAUCAACAUGAAGACUACACUCUCUCAUUCACACCCUGAUUCACACCCUGAUUCCAGACCUGAUUUGGUUCUAGGAACAGAGAUUUUGGUGCUAUUAAAAGGGACAAUCUGCACUAGUUACAUCAAUUUAUGAACGUAUUAAUUAAUGAUAUGCACCCAUUGACUCUAGAAAAAUAAAACGUAAAAAUGCCUCAUGAGUUUAGUUAAACUGUCAUAACCCAUCAGAACCCCAAAUAUAUGCUUGUUUUACUCCAAUGUUUGUAAACAAAUGAAAUGUAAACAAACACAAUGUAUAGCCUCAAAACAUGGUUUAAACUAUAAUGUUGAUAUCAUGGAUGGCCAGUCCUUGCAUCCAUAGCUGUCUAUGAAUUUAAGAGUGGUUACAUUUCUCCUACCCCAUCCCUCAGAUUUUUAGCAAAACAGUGGAGGGGAGUGUGCUUUGUUACUGUUUCAACUGCUGAUUGCCGCUUUAAGAUGUGUAUAUUUUAUUUAUAUAGACCAGUGAGAUAAGAGACUGGAAAAGUGGAAGAGUUUGAGAAUCAAAAGGGCAUGAUUCAGAUUCACUCAUGAUGACUCUGGUAGCCCAGGCUGGAAAGUGCAUUCUGGGAAGUAUUCAGACUUGUUCCGCAUUUUGAUAAGUUACAGCCUUAUUCUAAAAUUUAUUAAAUCAUUUUUUCCCUCAUAAAUCUACACACAAAACCCCAUAAUGACAAAGAAGAAACUGUUUUUUAGACAUUUUUGCAAAGUUAUAUAAACUCGGCAAAAAGAAAAAAAGCCCUCUCACUGUCAACUGCGUUUAUUUUCAGAAAACUUAACAUGUGUAAAUAUUUGUAUGAACAUAACAAGAUUCAACAACUGAGACAUAAACUGAACAAGUUCCACAGACAUGUGACUAACAGAAAUUGAAUCAUCUGUCCCUGAUCAAAGUGGGGGGUCAAAAUCAAAGGUAACAGUCAGUAUCUGGUGUGGCCACCAGCUGCAUUAAGUACUGCAGCAGUGCAUCCCCUCCUCAUGGACUGCACCAGAUUUACCAGUUAUUGCUGUGAGAUGUU